AGGAUCUGUGCCGCUCAUCUAUCUGAGGUGGAAGGCGAUUCGUCAACGCCACAGAAGCUCUUGAACAUGACUGUUCAGUUGCGCAACAUGACCGACAUUAGCGGUAGCAGUCUACAGGUAUCCGUCCUUAUGGAGUACACACCCCAGGAAAUUCAGGAAGGAAGAUGGUUGUGCAAGGAGUGGUCAGAUGCAAUGCAUGCUGAAAAGCAUGAAAAUGAUGCUCUCUGCUGCCCAAGGAUGAUGAUGGUACCAGACGCAAAAGACGGCGCAAGGGACCAAGAGAGACUAUCUGUGAACCGGUCUCUUGCUGAAGGUCAUCGGAUCGAAUCCCAUGAUGAUGUCAAGAUACUGAUUCCACUUUGCAAGCAACAAGAAGUCAAGCUCGCACUUGCCAAGGACAGAGGACGAAGAGCGAAUACAGCAAACGAAUAGGAUAGGAUAAAGUGCAUAUAAAUGA